ACACCUCAUAUUGGAACAUGUACAAAAACAUGUCAUUUUGUUUAUUUAUUGUAUUUUUAUUUUAUUUUAGAUCAUCAAGCAGCUCAUUCCUAACCAGCAGCAGCUCCUUCACUGCUGGACAGUCUUUCCUUAACAAUUGGCCCUCCAGCCAAUUUAUUAAUGGGGGCUGGGUGAUACCACAUAAUCUAACUGAUCUCACGGGACCCUGUAAUAUUAAACGACUGAACAGGAACCAGGAUACACUCUCGCAAGAAGAAUUUGUAAAAAAAUUUGCAUAUAAUGAGCCGGUAAUAUUAAUUAAUGUUACGGAUCAGACAGAAUUUAGAAUGCAUUCAACAAGAGAGCAGCUGUUAUCCAAAUAUGGCAACUACAGUAUAACUGUCACUACAGCUAAUACACACUCGUAUCCUAAAGCUGAAAUGACGUUAAACGAUUAUGUUAAUAUUAUUAUGAAACCGCAAGAAGAAGGACGACUGGGUAGUGAUACUUUAUAUCAUUUUGGUGACAAUGACAGAGAAGAAUGGGCUGAGCUCUUUUCAAUGUAUAACAUUCCUCCAUACACAGUCCCUGGACUAGAACCUGUCAUUAGUUUUGGGUUAGCUGGGCCAGGGACUGGUGUACCUUUUCAUAUCCAUGGACCAACUUUUGCAGAAACAAUAUAUGGAAGGAAAAGGUGGUUUUUAUAUUCGCCAAAAGUCCGGCCAUUAUUCGACCCAAAUGGCUCCACUCUUGACUGGCUAACAAAUACUUAUUUUUCACUGCCAAUUAACGAGAGGCCACUUGAAUGUGUACUGCAACCAGGAGAAGUGCUGUAUUUUCCCGCCUAUUGGUGGCAUGCUACACUCAAUGUUGAUGCUUCAGUUUUUGUUUCUACCUUUUUAGCAUAAAAUUUUUUAUUCAUUUUCCGGAUACUUCAGUAUACUUCAAUAACUAAUUUCUGUAUACUAUCAGUAUAACUAUAG